UUCUUGCCUAGAUCCCAGUAAGAAAGUCCACCAGGAAUGCUAAAUGGUCAAGUGGGUAAGGUAAGGGGAUGACAUUGAUAUUUGUGUCACGAAGGAGAUCACUUAGACGAGUGUCUCUCAAAGAGAAUGGGAGUUGGUUAGCCUGUAAUGGACAGUGCUGGGUGUGGCUUGUCUCCUAUAACCACACCACGGUCAUGGUCUGACCUGAAGUCAAGAUUAGGUUGUGGUUUCCUUUGUUCAUUAUUUCACAUUUGCGUUGAUAUUCUUUCUCUUUGUACUCCCUCCCCUCCUGUGUCUAUGGAUCUGUCUCUCUCUCAGUCUCAUAUAGCCUAGGAUGGCCUUGACCCCCAAUAUGCUGUUUUGAUAUCAUGAUGUUACCCUAACUAACAAUGAUACACAGAACAUAGGCAGUCAACCUAACCUAAAAACCCAUUAAUCAAAAACCCACAGUAUGUGCACAUUGUUAAUGUGAAGCACAAAAAUAAUAUUUUUAUAAUCAGCAGUCUCAAUCUGAGCCUUCUCCCUUGCUUCCUUCUCCUUAGGAUACAAGCUGUAACUUUGUUCACUCCUCCAGUCUAGACCACACCCCUAGCCAAGUCACCCCUGGCACCUCUCUUUCCUAUCUCACUGCCCUUUCCUGGCUACUACUCACUUAGCCCCACCCAAGGAGUCUUCCUCCCUUCUGGACUGCUGAAACGCAGACUGUCCCUCCCCAACAGUGAAAGGAGGAGUGGGGGUUUUCAGCCUCACCCUCAGGAAGAUGCUCCUCCGCCCCUGCCUCCUUUGCUCUGUUCUGUAGUACUUCCUCUCUGGUUGACUUAGCUGACAGACCUAGAAGUGGGACCAAGAUCCUAGCACUAAGACAGAUUCAAGGAUUGUAUAUGCAACAACUAGACAUGGCAUUACCUUCUGAUCAGCAUCUGGAAAACCCUGUCCUUUCAAUGGCUGCAAACACUACAUCUCCCGCAGCACCUUCUUCUCCUGGUGGCAUGUCCCUGUCUCUGUUGCCCAUUGUCCUACUUUCUGUGGCCCUGGUUGUGGGGCUUCCUGGCAAUAGCUUUGUGGUAUGGAGCAUCCUGAAAAGGAUGAGGAAACGCUCUGUCACCGCCCUGUUGGUGCUGAACUUGGCCCUGGCCGACUUGGCCGUGUUGCUCACUGCUCCGUUUUUCCUACACUUUCUGGCUCGAGGCACCUGGAGUUUUUUUGUGAUCGGUUGCCGCCUGUGCCACUAUGUCUGUGGAGUAAGCAUGUAUGCCAGUGUCCUGCUUAUCACCAUCAUGAGUCUGGACCGCUCACUGGCAGUGGCCCGCCCCUUUGUGUCCCAAAAGGUUCGUACUAAGACCUUUGCCCGAUGGGUGCUGGCAGGCAUCUGGGUGAUGUCUUUUCUGCUGGCCAUACCGGUCCUUGUGUACCGUACAGUAGAACCGAAGAACAACAGGACUCUGAUCUGCGACUCGACGUAUCCCAACGACGGGCAUAAAGCCUUCCAUCUGCUCUUCGAAGCCACCACUGGCUUCCUGCUGCCCUUCCUGGCGGUGGUGGCCAGCUACUCUGACAUCGGGCGCAGGCUGCAGGCUCGGCGCUUCCGCCGCAGUCGCCGCACCGGCCGCCUGGUGGUCCUCAUUAUCCUGGCCUUCGCCGCCUUCUGGCUGCCUUAUCACCUAGUGAACCUGGUGGAAGCUGGUCGCACGCUGGCCGGCUGGGGCAAGGACAACCCUGCGGGGCAGCGGCUGAAGCUGGCCCGCUACGUGCUCAUCGCGCUGGCCUUCCUGAGUAGCAGCGUGAAUCCGGUGCUGUAUGCGUGCGCGGGCGGCGGCCUGCUGCGUUCAGCGGGCGUGGGCUUCGUAGUCAAGCUGCUGGAAGGCACUGGCUCCGAGGUGUCCAGCACCCGCCGCGGGGGCACUCUGGUCCAGACUCCGAAGGACACGCCUGCUUGUCCUGAGCCAGGCCCCACCGACAGCUGCAUGACUUCCUCCACCCCUCCUGAGUCUUCGAAGUGAACUGCAAUAGGCUGAGUUAUGACACAACUCAUAACUCUGGCCUGACCCACGUCUGUACCUGGAGAACAUGUUGGGGACUGGGCUUAAGUGGAAAAGAGGGAGGGGUGGGGCAAGUCAGGGCAGAGAGAUAGCAUGCUCUGGCCUGGCUGCUGCAGGCAGCUUUACAAUUAAAACUAAAGUCUGAAAUCGG